GCACCUUAGAAUUUGUCUUCUUUCAUUUUUUAUAGCAGAAUUAGGGUUUAACAAAUUCAACCCUUUUGCAUCUGCCAUAGUGGGUUUCUUCUGCAAUACGAUUGAAUUUCAAUAUAGGUUUUUGCGUGUUCUCGUGUGUGUGUGCUUAAAUUUUGGAGAUGAGUGAUACAAAAGAGAAUGAAGAAGCAGGGCAGAAUGUUCCGUUGGCUGUGGAAGAAGUUUUGGCUGAAGCACAGGUUGAAUCAGAAGUUUUGGCUGCUCCUUUGUCCGUUAGGGAUACUUCAAAUCAUGCUGAAAAUGGGAAGGUAGAGGCAGAGGCACCUCUGGAGGAUAGAAUUGUGAAACCAGAAGCCAAUUCAGAGUGCAUUCCGCAACAAGAUGUCCUAAAUAGUCAAAAUACAAUAGAGUCGAUCCCUGUAAUGGAAAAUGUUCCGGUUUUAAAUAAAACUGAAGGUGAAAAUGCAUUAGAUGUGAAGAGCAAAGUAGAAGAACUUCCUCAGAGUGAUAAGGACGUAGCGAAUGAUUCUAAUGUUUGUCAAAACAAUGCUGAUCCUGCUGAGAUGACUGUGGAGGUGAAGCCCAAAGCUUUCGAAGCGGCUGAAAGUAAAACUUGCAAUAAUGGGGACUCCAACUCCGCACACCCCAUUCAUAACGAACCUAAAACGCCUCAUGUUGUUCAGACCGAUAUAAGAGCUGAAGUUAAGAGUGGAUUAGACGAUGAGAAUAAGUAUAAUGAAAGGCAGGCUGCUGUUGCAAAUGCAGAUAAUGGAAACUUGAUCUCACCGAACUUGUAUUUUCUGGAUCCUGAGUAUUCAUACGAUGGUAAUGAGUCGGGAACAGAAGAUGAGCAGUCAGCUUUUAUGAAGGAGCUUGAAACAUUCUUUAGGGAGAGGAGCAUGGAAUUCAAACCACCCAAGUUUUAUAAAGAGGGGCUUAAUUGCCUUAAGCUAUGGAGAUCUGUUAACAGACUGGGCGGCUAUGAUAAGGUCACCUCAUGUAAAUUGUGGCGGCAAGUGGGAGAGUCUUUCAAACCUCCAAAGACAUGUACCACAGUUUCAUGGACUUUUCGGGUUUUUUAUGAGAAGGCUCUUCUUGACUAUGAAAGGCAUAAAACAAAAGGUGGUGAGCUAAAUGUGCCUAUUACUUCUAAUUCAGAGCCAAUGAAUAUUGAAAAUCAGUGUGUCCAAGGAUUAGCUUCAUCAGGUAGGGCACGUAGAGAUGCUGCGGCUAGGGCUAUGCAGGGUUGGCAUUCACAACGUCUUCUGGGCAAUGGUGAAGUUAGUGAUCCUAUUAUUAAGGACAGGAGCUCUUUGUCUAUGCAAAAGCGUGAAAAGCAGCUUAGAAGCAUCAAUGUACUUAAACGCAAGAAAUCAUCAGACAUGGUGAAUGCAGUCAAAGUUGCUCACAGUAAUAAACCAUCUAAACCACAACUGGACACAUCUGUGGUUGACAUUGGACCUCCUGCUGAUUGGGUAAAAAUCAAUGUGCAAAAAACUAAAGAUUGUUUUGAGGUCUAUGCUUUGGUUCCUGGCCUUCUGCGGGAAGAGGUGCGUGUUCAAUCAGACCCAGCUGGACGCCUGGUCAUAAGCGGUGAGCCUGAACAUUCUGACAAUCCAUGGGGGGUCACACCUUUCAAGAAGGUUGUGAGUUUGCCUUCAAGAAUUGAUACUCAUCAGACUUCUGCUGUGGUUACUUUGCAUGGACAAUUGUUUGUUCGAGUUCCAUUUGAGCAAUCCGAAUAGAGAUGAUUCAUAGAUUCCUAAGGAACCAAGGUUCCAUGAUUUAUAGGAUAGUUUACCUGAAUAUGUAUUCAUGUCAAGUUCUACUAUGAAUUUUGUUUAUAUUUUAUUUAUAUUUUUCCA